CGGGAUUGCUAAAGAAUAAUCACAUUAGAAUUCUAAUGACAUCCCCAGUAUUUUCCAUUUAAGAUAAAACUCAACUCGAGAGGAACUCACCGAGGACCCACCAGAAGGAGGACAUUGAUAUCUGGACGACGUUUCUGCUGGUGCAUUUAAAAUGUUUAUAUCCAGUGCAAUAAGUUGUGUUUCAGUUGUGUAUUUUUUCAGCAGUUUUGUUACUGCAGGAAGACCUUCAAUUGAUUGCAAUUUCGAGGAUUCCGGAACACGCGUUUCUGAUCGAGAGGACUCCUGUAUAUACUACUACUGUACCAGUAGGAGGCUUUGGGAACUAAGGACGUGUGCAUUUGGGGCCUCGGUACCUAAAUUCUACAGGAAAUACUAUUCUCAUAAAAGAACAAAACUUAAUCUGUGUAGGAAUGCAUUUUCUACUGAGUGCUAUCAGACUGUCUUGGAAAGAAAAAAGGGUGAACCGACGCCGCCUAAGCCUACACCAAGGUCAACUACGCCUACCACACCUAGGCCAUGUCUAAAAGAGGGCCAAGGAAGAUGUCCAGGUGGCGGAAAAUGUUGUGGGGAUUUGCAGUGUGAUAACAAAGGGAUAUGUAGGCCUCUAGAGGAUUUCGUGUGCCCUGUGCUAGGCGAGGGUUGUCUUGGUAAUCACGUAACGAAUCAAGAAUGUUGUAAGAGAGAUCCAAUCGACACCAAUAUCAUACUGAAUCUAAAAUGUGGACCUGGGAAAACAUGUUGUGUUACUGAGGGAGGAGAAUGCGAGGAAAAUAGUGAUUGCUGUGAAGACCAAAAUGAUGUCGUCUGCAAAAUAGAUGAGAACAACCCAGAAGAACCCAAGACUUGCUCACGCGUAGAAGAAUGUGCAUCUUUGAAAGAAAAGUGUGGACCUAGCAGUGCGAAACAACUUGAUUGUUGUAAUGAUGUCACCCAGUUACAGUGCUCCAGAGAGGCCACUUGUUGCGCAGAAAGGGGAGUGAUGUGUUCUGGUAGCGAUGAUUGCUGCAGAGGUUUGGAAUGUACAGCAAAGACUUGUCAACCACCUACAAGGAUCGAAUGCCCUUCUCCAAUUGACAUUGUGUUUGCUGUUGAUACGUCUUGCUCGGUCGCUGAUAUUGACAAAGACCAUCUCCGCACCUUCAUGACUGAAGUCACCAGAGCUUUCAACAUCGAUGACAACCUCCAGGACGGGGUACUUGUGGGUGCUUUGACAUUCAACCAGGGCUACCAACACACUGCCUACUUGGCCGAUGGAAAGGACGACGGGAAAUUAUUGAAUAUGAUAGAAAACAUGAAUUUAACAGAGGUGGGAUGCAAGACUAACACAUUCACUGCACUUGAUGUGAUGAAAAACAUUUACUUCACACAAGAUCAUGGGGAACGUCCUGCUGCUAAGAAUUGGGCAAUUGUCAUGACCGAUGGGAAAACAGUUCCGCCAGGAAAACAGGCUAAAACGUUUAAAAAUGCAGACGCAUUGCGGGCAAUGGGAACCGAGGUAUUAACGAUCGGUCUACCUCAGUCUGAUGGUUCUAUAGUGGGAGAGGACGAAUGGCUCGGAAUAGCAGGGGGGAUAAAGGAGAAUGUGUUUACCCCAGAUUUUUCAAAACUAAGAGAAACACUUGUAUCAAUUGGUGGCAGAUUGUGUGGAGAACAGAACGUUUAUGUCAAUACUUAGUCGUCGCCUUGGGAACCAGACAUAGUUAUCACAGAUAGAUGUUAUGCUAACAGGAGUAAACGUACUCAAAAUGGCGGAUAAAAUUCUUAAGAUGUUCAGGAUGUCUGAACAGUUGUUUACAAGUGUGCGUUUACUCGAUGUGCACCGUGUACUACUAGCGAAUGUUUUCAAAUUUUGUCUACCAAUUUGAUUACGUUAAAUGCGGUUAACGCCAGCAAGCUGAGGGGCAGUGACUUUGACUAUAGAGGGAUGAAAAAUUUUCUACAAAAAUGACAUUGCAAAGCAGACUUUGUUCAAACUUAAAAUGUCAUCGUUAAAUUGACUAAUAUCGUAGGAACUAGAGGAUUU